AUGAAGUUGAUCCUCUCCAGCUCAAAUCUCAUGCAUGGCGGGCGUCAGUCCGUCAUCCGCCAACCUCUCACCCAGAAAUCAAACGUCGAACUAAUUAAUUCGCUCCGGUCGAACUUCCUCGCCUGGCAACAGAUCGAAUCGGCAAAUACAAAUGGAAACGGCCAUUCAAACGGUUCCCGCCCGCCCGCCAGCUCAUGGACGCACCAGGGCGAGGACGCCCUCUAUAUCCCCGCCAUCGAUUUCUCACAACCUGGACUAGCGGAAGAGCGCGAUCAAUACGAUAUCACAGUGAAACUAUUCUAUCUACCUGGGAUUCCGGCGUCAAGGCGCUGCGCACACACGCGAGAGGCAAUUGAUUUGGUAUUAAAGGAACUACAUGUCAAGUCUAUUGAUCUACUGAUCGUCUCGUUCCCCGGCAUUCUGUUCGACGCCGACGACGACAGCGAGGAAGAGGAUAACGAAGCGAGCAACGGCGAGCCGGAUGAUUUUGAUAGCACGGUGCAGACAUGGCGUGUGCUGGAGUCGCUGCAUGAGCAGGGUAUGAUUGCGCAGCUGGGCGUUGCUGAGUUUGGCAGCGAACGGCUGGCCCGCUUCCUGCCUCAUACCAAGGUCAAGCCUUCGGUUGAUCAGAUCAAUCUGAAGGAUUGCUGUGUCGUUCCCAAGUCUUUGAUUCUCUAUGCGAAACAAGAGCAGAUUCAACUCCUUACUCAUAAUGACUGCAAUGAUAUCCUUCCGGUUGGCACGACGCGGGAGUUGCUCGGUCCUUCGGAGAAGGGUGCUGGAAUCUUGGCCUCAUCGCCUGACGCUGACGAUGGUAUUAAAGGCGAUGUCGAGCCGCAGUGGGUAGUCAAAUAUACGGCAGUCGUCAAGGAUCGCGGAGUCGUCGAAAACAAGGGGUACUUUGCGUCGGCUGAUGUCGGCACAUGUGUCAAGGACCGGUCAUGA